GGUUAAGACUCAAGUAGCUGUUAGGUGUUUAAUUUUUAAUCUAUUUAGGGAAUUUGAGAAAGCAUAGGACCAACAUGGAUGAAAAAUACAUGUCAAAACUCUCACCUACAGUUGAUUUUUGGGCAGGAGUGUACCUCUUAAUUAUAGCAGUUGUGUCUGUCUUUGGUAACGCAGCAGUUCUGGUACAUGCCGCCCGUCGUCUCAUGCUGCUCAAAGCUCCAGAGCUGCUGACAGUGAACUUGGCGGUAACGGACAUCGGCAUGGCCCUGAGUAUGUACCCUCUGUCUAUUGCCUCAGCUUUUAACCACGCCUGGAUUGGAGGUGACACAUCUUGCCUCUACUAUGGCCUGAUGGGCAUGAUCUUCAGCGUUACCAGCAUCAUGACUCUGGCUGUGAUGGGGAUGGUCAGGUACCUGGUAACAGGAAGUCCUCCCAGGACAG